AAUAUUAAGAAACAACCGUUUUCAAGGAACCAUUCCGACGACAUUCUCGGCCCUCUAACAAGCCUAAUUGAAAUAGACCUUUCAGGGAAUCAUCUGUCCGGUACAAUUCCCCCUGCGUUUGCCGCCAGCAUCCAGUCAAUUGGUUUAUCCUCCAACUCGUUCUCUGGAGGCAUCCCAAACACAUUGACUCGCCUCACUCGCCUCACCGAUAUAGACAUGGCUGCCAACAAUCUCAACUCAGGCCUUGACGUGGUGGCUCAGAUGACAUGGCUUCAUUACAUAAGCCUCAAUACCAACAACUUCUCUGGUGUACUUCCACCGUCCUUCGAUGCUUUCAGUGCCCUCUAUUAUCUGGAUAUUGGAAACAACCACUUCACUGGAACUUUUCCAAAUUUUAUUCUGCGCCAGAAGGUUCUUGCAUCCCUGAACUUGAGCAACAACAGUUUCACAGGGAGCAUCCCCCACGGAUUGACCAACCUUGUCUACCUGAUGAAUUUAAAUCUAAAUGACAACAAUUUUCGUGGAACCUUCCCAUAUGGCCUGCUCCGGCUGUCCAUGCUGUCCUCCCUGGCGGUAUCGAACAACUUUCUUUCUGGGGAACUCCCACGGACUCUCAGCAGCAACAUUCUUCUUGAAAUAUUUAACUUGGGAGGAAAUGACUUCACAGGUUCCUUACCAGACUUCUCACGCUGGAACAUCAGCUGUACACAGAUCGGCAACAACUUCACAGGGUCUAUUCCCGACUCCAUCUCGACCCUCACCUCCCUUGACGGCAUGCACCAUCCCCUCUGCGAUCUUCACCAUGACGAAUCUGAAACACCU